AUGACAUUCAGGGAGAGUGACACAGAUAUCGGAGCCUUUUUAAUAAGCAUCAACUUGGGACAGUAUCGUGCAAACUUUAAAGACUUCGGCUACCACACUGUGCAAGAGUGCUUGGGCAUAAAUGACCGCGUCCUUCAAAACGUUGGAAUAUCCCCUACGGGCCACCGUAGACGAAUCCUCAAGCAGUUGGAGGCCGUGUUGACAAGAAUGCCGGAAACGGCUACCUCGGAUCAAAGCGGCUCUCCCAGGCAUCUCCUCCAUCCCAAACAGGUGAACGAAGCAGGUGGCGGGCCAUCUGAUGGACACAGCAACACAGCUUGUGGCAGCAACUGUGAAAGAAACCCACACUACACAUCCCAUGUCUUGUUGGGAAACAGAGACAGUAGUCCAGUUUUGGAUCUGGACUCCUCUGACACGUUUGGUCCGAACCUGUUGGCAGAUCCCACCACGGUUCCACGAAGUUCACUGAAAAACGUGACGUCGGAGAAGAAACCUUGCAUGGAGGAUCAUCCGAAGACAGGGGAACCAGAAACGUCGGCGUUUCAAGUUAACGCCGCUCCCGAAGAUGGAUCUCUGUCUUCUGCUUUCUCUCCUGCUGAGGAGAAAAGCAGCCAGGUGGAGCUCUUAUCAGGCUUCAGAAGUUUGCUGCAGGAGACGCCGUUCUUUGAGUUCAAAGGAGAACUAGCUGAAGAAAAACCACCUCCCAUUUCUCCUUAUGGCGAGACCUUCCUUAUGAAUUCUCAUGAAGAGAUGGAAAUCUACAACACCGAAUCUUCAGAGGUGUCAGAAGAGAAGAAAGAGAAGAAAAGGACUACAAGCAAAACAGGUUUGGCUACUAGUAAUCAAAAUCCAGAAACCGCCGAAAAUGAAAAAGACCCUGAAUUAGCAUCCCAAGGAGACCAAAGUCCCUUUCCAAAGAGAUUUGUCGGUGAAGCUGAAUCCGCUUUAUUGAAGGAAUGUUCUCGCUACGCUUGGAGAGGGAAAUAUAAACCUGCAAAAGGCCUCGGAGAAUUCAAAAGCGGAAGUCUGGAUCUGGAUGCUAAAGACCAGAUGUUUUCUUCCCCGGCUGAUUGUGGUGAUGAAUUAGUCCCCGGCUCCAACGACACAAUCACACCUUAUGCCUGCUAUUACGCUCCGGCAGCAAAGAAAGUUAAAGAAGGAUGGCUGGAUAAACUCUCUCCUCAAGGGAAGCACGUUUUUCAGAAACGCUGGGUGAAGUUUGAUGGCGAAAGCAUGGCUUAUUAUAAUAACGACAAGGACAUUUACUCCAAGGGCAUAAUUCUUCUCUCGGCGAUAGCUACCGUCCGAAUGCACGGAGACAACAAGUUUGAAGUGGUGACAGCGCACAGAAUAUUCGUCUUCAGGGCUGAGAAGGAAGAAGAACGAAACAACUGGGUAACCGCCAUCUUCACUGCUCUGCGCGCCCUCCCGGCAAUUUCUCGAGCGCGGACAGCCGUUCCUCCCGAGAAAAGCGGCUAUCUAGAAUUGAAAGGCUAUAAAGCCAAAAUCUUUACUCUGCUGCAAGGGAACAGCGUGUGGAUUUGCAAGAACAACCAGGAUUUUAAAUCUGGCUAUGGCAUUACCGUCAUACCUAUGAAUGUGGCUAAUGUGAGGCAGAUUGAUCGGGCCGCAAAACAAUCUUUCGAAAUAAUUACACCUUACCGGAGCUUUAGAGCGAUGUUUACCUUUGAAAUCUGCUUACUGUCAGAACGUGCAUUUCUCUUUGGAGCGGAAACCGCACAUUCUCAACGAAAAUGGACGCAGGCAAUUGCUAAGCAUUUUGUACCUGAAUUGGCGCAAGGUCUUCAGGAGAGAGAGACAGAUGUUAUUGGCCAGCUGUUCUACAAAGACUGCCAGGACCUUGAUAAUUGGAAAAAGGGUUGGUUUGCUCUAGAGAAGACCAGCUUGUAUUUUUACCUCGAACUGGAAAAUUCACAAGAGAAUUCAAUGCAUCUAAGGCGGCUCCAGGAAUUAACGAUCAGCAGCUGCGUCCAAAAUGGAGAAAAAACAGAUGUUCUGCUACUGGUUGAGAAAGGAAGAACAUUAUACAUCCGCGGCCAUACCAAGUUGGAUUUCACAGUCUGGCGUAGCGCAAUUGAAAAAGCAGCUGGUACAGAUGGCAACAUGUUAGAAGAUCAGCAGCUCAGCAAAAACGAUGUGCCGAUUAUAGUGACCAGCUGUAUCGCAUUUGUUACGCAGUAUGGUUUGGGAAGCAAACAUAUCUACCUGAAGAAUGGAGAUCCUUUAUGUGUCAGGGAGCUUUUGGAAGGUUUCAAGAAAGAUGCCAGGAGCGUUAAGCUGAGGACUGGGAAGAACCGUCUGGAAGAUGUUACUGAUACCCUAAAAUGUUUUCUUUCUGAAAUAGACGAUGCACUACUGACCAAAGAACUUUAUCCUUUUUGGAUCUCAGCAUUAGAUACCCUGGAUGACAAAGAAAGGGUGCGAAAAUACAGCAGCUUUAUUCGCACGCUUCCACCCAUCAACAAAGCAACUCUGGCAGCAUUAAUGGAACACCUGUACAGGGUGCAGAAAUGUUCAGAAAUCAACCUGAUGGACCCUCACCACCUGGCGAUGGCUUUGUCCUCCUGCCUCUUUCAGACCAAAGGACAGACGAGCGAGGAGGUUGACGUGGUGGAGGACUUAAUUAUAAAUUACGUGCAGCUUUUUGAUAUUCAGCAAGAUCAAGUGAAGCAAAUGGACAUUGAGAACAGCUUUAUCACCAAAUGGAAAGACACGCAAAUCUCCCCAACCAUGGAGGCAGAAGAAUUGACGAAUGACGUCCUGGGAAUUAAAAACAUCACACCCCACAAGGACGACACGUGGGCCACCUUUGAAGUGAUCGAAAAUGGAGAACUGGAACGUCCCCUGCAUUGCACUGAGAAUAUUCUAGAACAAAUCCUUCACUGGAGCUCCUUGGCCAGUCCCAGCAACGCCUCCCUUAUAAUCAAGAAAUUUCCAACCGUGGGGCUGAUGGACCACUGUUCUGACGAAACGUCCAAAGGCCCCGUCAAAGCCGGCUACCUGAAAUACAAAGAAGAACCCUCCAAACUUCUGUCUGCCAAUAAGUUUCAAGACCGUUAUUUUGUUUUGCGAGAAGCAAAAUUGUGGCUUUAUAAGGACAUGAAGAGCAGCAAAGCUGAAAAAGCCUUUCCUGUCAACUCAUUGAAACUUUACCUUGGGGUGAAGAAAAAACUGAAACCACCAACAAA